AUGACCCCUUAUGAGGGCACUACGAACCCUAAGUACCACCUUCACGCCUUCAAUGAUUUAAUGAAACUGAAAGGAAUCAAUAGUAGAGCAAGGUAUCAUUGUUUUGCUAUCACGCUGAAGGGCGCUACAUACAAGUGGUUUAAGAGGCUAAGGUCGGGAACCAUCAGGUCGUGGCAACAAUUUUCUGAUGAAUUUCUCCAGCAGCACCAUGCAGUUUGCGAUAACACCAUUUCAAGUACCAGCCUCGCUAACAUAAAGCAAGGUGAAGGUGAAAGCCUCAAGAGCUAUAUCCAUAGGUUCAACAUGGAAGUGGCUAAGGUAGGAAGCCUAUCACGAGGAGAAUUCAAGAUGGAAAUCACGGCAGGAGUACGCUCAGGUAGUAAGUUAUUGGAUAAUAUGCUUAAAACAGAGGCCACCGACUUAGACGAAUUCUAUGAAAUAGCACAAAAGUACAUUCGCAUCGAAGAUAGUCAUGAGAACCUUAUGGCGGGAAGAAAUGAACUCCUAUCCAACCCGACGCCCCACGAGGGAUCGAAUGAUGUAAAGAAAAAGAGAGCGUACAAAGGGCUGAGGAAUGACCAACAGAGAAAACCCAUACGUGGAGGUGAACCCAGGAAGACACCAUACACCUUCUAUACAGACCUGACAGAUACCAGGGAACAUAUCAUCAUCGCAAAUGAAAAUCAUGUCCUCUUUAAGAGACCCCCACCGAUGAAGAGAGACCGAUCCAAAAGGGACCCCAGUAAGUAUUGCCAGUACCACAAGGAUGUUGGCCACACCAGGGCAGAGUGUAACCAUUUGAAAGUGGAAAUUGAGGAACUCAUACAUAGAGGGCAACUAGGCAGGUAUGUUAGAAGGGAAAACCCAAGGAAAGAGGAUAGGCCAUCCUCACCGCAAGCCCGAGAACAAGCCCUAGAGGUACAGGCAGAAGUAAGAACGAUCUUCAAGGAUCCAACAUUCGUAGGAGAGUCAAGUAAAGGAAGGAGUACAUAUGCUAAGGAAUAUUUUGCCUACAACAACCCUUUAGUACUAACCAUUCAUAUAGCCAAUAUGAAGGUGCACCAGGUCCUCGUGGAUAAUGGAAGUUCAGUAGAUAUCUUAUAUUGUCUUUCUUUGGGGAAGAUGGGCUUAGGAAUCAGGAACUUGAGACCUUGCCACACCUCCUUAUAUGGAUUCACGGAGGACUCAAUACAACCCUUAGGAACGAUCGAUUUAGCUCUCACCAUGGGGGAGCAACCCAAACAAACCACUGUCAUGUCAAACUUCGUUGUGGUAAGUUGUGCUUUAGCUUUCAAUGCAGUAUUUGGAAGACCAUCCCUAAGAGAACUGAAAGCGGUGACCUUGAUCUAUCACUUGUCUGUUAUAUUCCCAACUCUUGGGGUAAUAGAAAGCAUAAAGAGACAACAAAAGGAAGCAAGAGAGUGUUAUAAUACCUCUCUUCGCACAUCGAUCAACCCACAAGGACCCAUGGCGAUGGUCAUCCAUAGGGAACCAAACCCACAAGGAUUAGACCUUCAAGUCACUGAGGAGAUCAGAACUGAGUUGGAUGAGAGAGAGAGACAGAUGAGCUACACCUACAAAAACCAAAAGUUAGAGGAAAUGGUGUAG